CGUUUGCUUUCCUGGUGCGGAAUCUUCUGCUCGCGACGCGGAGCGAGUUCCGGGGCACCGAGCGAGGAGCUGACGGGUUGUGUUUGAAUGCAUCUGGAGAUGAAUCAGCUGCAACGGAGCUAACGGAGCUAACGCUGCAGGUUAACGCUAACUGGAGCUUUUCGGAACCGCCCGCGCAGGCUUUUCUUUUAUCCCGUUAACGUGUUAUUCAGGAGCGGUUCUUAUCGGCACAAUGACGCGGGGAUUGUGGGCGUUUUGCAUGAAACGGUUGAAACGCCACUCCUAGUCCGAGGGGGGAGGAUGGCGCAUCGGUGUACCCCGCCUUUGCCGUCCCAGGGGACCGAGCACCUGGAACCGGAUAACGAUUCCGACCGGGACUCUGGCGUCGGGGAGGACGCCGACAGUUGCCAUGGAGGCGCCGAGGAAGAAGAGGAGGAGGAGGAGGGAGUCAACAAGCAAAGUGGCACGGAGGAAAACGAAGGGGAGGGCUCUGCCGUGUUUAUUGCCUUCCAGGGGAAUAUGGAGGACGAGGACUUCUCUCAGAAACUCGAGUCUAUUCUCAGCGGGAUACCCAACAUGCUCCAUAUGGGCUCCGGGAGGCUGCGUCCGCGGCACGUGGAGCCGUGGAACAGCGUGCGGGUCACCUUCAACAUUCCCCGGGACGCCGCCGAGCGCCUGAGGCUGUUGGCCCAGAACAACCAGCAGCAGCUCAGAGACCUCGGCAUCCUCUCCGUGCAGAUCGAAGGGGAAGGGGCCAUCAACGUGGCCGUGGGACCAAACAGGGGACAAGAAGUCCGAGUAAACGGACCAAUCGGAGCGCCGGGCCAGAUGAGAAUGGAUGUCGGCUUUCCAGGUCAGCCGGGUCCAGGAGGGGUAAGGAUGGCUAACCCGGCGAUGGUUCCCCCUGGGCCCGGCAUGGCGGGUCAGGCCAUGCUGCCGGGCGGCAGUGGACAGAUGCACCCUCGUGUUCAGAGACCAUCUUCACAGACAGAUAUUAUGGACCCAAUGAUGCCGGGUAUGUCGGUGCAGCAGCUUCAGCACCAACAGGCGGGUCCUCAUGUCUCGGGCCCGAUGCCUCCUCAGGCCGCCCAUCACAUGCAGGCUCUGCAGGGCGGGAGGCCGCUCAACCCCGUCGCCCUGCAGCAGCUUCAGCAGCAACAUCACCAGCAGCAGCAGCAGCAACAGCAACAGCAGCAGCAACAACAACAGCAGCAACAACAACAACAACAACAACAACAACAGCAGCAGCAGCAGGUCCAGCAGCAGCAACAACAGCAACAGCAAGCUCAGCUGUCUCAGCUUGGACCGAGACCUCCGUUCAACCCGUCGGGCCAGAUGGCGGUGCCUCCUGGCUGGAACCAGCUACCCUCCGGGGUCCUCCAGCCUCCAGCGGCCCAAGGAGGCCCUGCCUGGAGAAAGCCCCCGCCCCAAGCUCAAAUGGUUCCGCGUCCUCCCUCUCUCGCCGCGGUUCAGACCCCCAGCCACCCUCCGCCCCCUUACCCGUUUGGCAGCCAGCAGACGGGGCAGGUGUUCAACGCCAUGGGGCAGUUGCAGCAGCAGCAGACGGGCGUGGGUCAGUUUGCCGCCCCCCAGCUGAAAGGCCUGCAGGCUUGCCCCGGUGGUGUCGCCGGACCGGUCCGGCCCCCUCCGCCCCUUCCACCGACUUCGGGAACGCAGGGCAACCUCACCGCCAAGUCCCCCGGCUCCUCCUCGUCUCCUUUCCAGCAGGGUUCGCCGGGGACUCCUCCCAUGAUGGUUCAGAGACCGACGACUCCGCAGGGUUUCCCCCAGGGCGUCGGGUCACCGGGAAGAGCUGCCCUCGGGCAACAGGGUUUCAUGGGAAUGCCCCAACACGGACAGCCUGGGGCCCAAGGUCACCCAGGCAUGCCGAAGCGUCCGAUGGGCUUCCCCAACCCGAACUUUGUCCAAGGUCAGGUGAGUGCCGGCACUCCAGGAACCCCUGUGGGCGGAGCCAGCCAGCAGCUCCAGGGCAGCCAGGCGAUGACUCACACAGGAGCUCCGCCGCCGGCCUCCGCACCAAAUUCCAUGCAGGGUCCUCCCCAUGUCCAGCCCAAUGUUAUGGGUGUGCAGAGCGGCAUGCCAGGUCUGCCCCCUGGUACGACCGCCGGGCCCAGUAUGGGCCAGCAGCCCGGCCUCCAGACCCAGAUGAUGGGCCUCCAGCAUCAGGCCCAGCCCGUGUCUUCCUCCCCCAGCCAGAAGCUUCAGGGCCAGGGUGGCGGUCAGACUGUCCUCUCAAGGCCCCUCAGUCAAGGGCAGAGGGGAGGGAUGACCCCACCCAAGCAAAUGAUGCCUCAGCAAGGCCAGGGAGUGAUGCAUGGGCAGGGUCAGAUGGUUGGAGGCCAAGGGCACCAGGCCAUGCUUCUACAGCAGCAACAACAACAACAACAACAACAGCAACAAAACUCCAUGAUGGAACAAAUGGUUGCCAACCAGAUGCAAGGCAACAAGCAGGCAUUUGGCGGCAAGAUUCCAGCUGGAGUCAUGCCAGGCCAGAUGAUGCGUGGCCCUGCUCCAAACGUUCCUGGUAACAUGGCUCAGUUCCAGGGCCAAGUUGGCCCGCAGCAGAUGACCCCACAACAACAACAACAACAGCAGCAGCAGCAGCAGCAGCAGCAGCAAAUGGCUCAACUCCAGCAACAGCAGCAGUUACAACAGCAGCAGCACCAGUUGCAGCAGCAGCAGCUUCAACAGCAGCAGCAACAACAACAACAACAACAACACCAGCAGAUGAACCAGCAGCAGCAGCAGCCCCAGCAGGUUCCUAUUGCCGGCAAUCCAAAUCAAGCGAUGGGCAUGCACGGGCAACAGAUGAGGCUGCCUGCUGGUCAUCCUCUUAUCCAACAACAGUUGCAACAGCAGCAGUUGCAGCAGCAGCAGAAACAACAGCAACAGGCCAUGUUGUUGCAGCAGCAACAACAACAGCAGCAGCAGCAGCAACAGGCAGCUCAACAGCACCCGCAUCCUUUGGGAGAUCCUAAUAGUGGGACAGGGGACCUGGGGGUCCAACAGAUGGUCCCUGAUAUGCAGGCGCAGCAAGGCAUGAUGGGAGGCCCUCAGCACAUGCAGAUGGGGAACGGCCACUUUGCAGGUCACGGCAUGAACUUCAACCCCCAGUUCCAAGGUCAAAUGCCGAUGGCGGGCGCCUGCGUGCAGCCGGGAGGCUUUCCCGUCAGCAAGGACGUCACUCUGACGAGCCCGCUGCUGGUCAACCUGCUGCAGAGCGACAUCUCAGCCAGCCAGUUUGGGCCCGGAGGCAAACAGGGAGCAGCUGGAGGAAACCAGGCCAAACCCAAGAAGAAGAAACCGGCACGAAAGAAGAAGCCCAAAGAGGGAGACGGGCAGCAGCAAGCGGAGGGACUCGGUGGUCUCGAUGGGGCUGCCGGCCUGGAGGAUUCAGAACUGCCAAACCUGGGCAGUGAACCGAGUUUGGGUUUAGACAACCCUGGUCAGAAACUCCCUGAGUUCGCCAACAGGCCAGCGGGCUUUCCUGGCCAGCCUGGAGACCAGAGAGUAUUACAGCAGGUACCAAUGCAAUUCAUGCAGCAGCAGCAGCAGCAACAACAGCAGCAACAACAACAACAACAACAAAUGCAGCACAUGCAACAGCAGCAGAUGCAGCAGCAACAACAACAAAUGCAGCAGCAGCAACAAAUGCAACAACAAAUGCAGCAGCAGCAGCAAAUACAGCAACAGCAGCAACAAUUACAACAACAACAGCAGAUACAGCAACAGCAGCAGAUGCAACAGAUGCAACAGAUGCAGGGUCUCCAGAAUAAUCAAGGGCAGCAGGUGAUGCCGGGGCCGCAGACUCCGGGUCAAGGUCCACCCCAGAUGCACCCUCACCAGCUGCAGCAGCAGCAACAACAACAACAGCAGCAGCAACUGCAGCAGCAGCAGCAGCCUCAACAGCCACACCUGCUACAACAGCAACAACAACAACAACAACAGCAGCAGAUGAUGAUGAUGCUGAAGAUGCAGCAGGAACAGGUGAAGAAUCGCAUGGCCGUCCCUCCAGGAGGGCAGAUCCCUCCUCGGGGAAUGGGCAAUCCACCUGAGGUGCAGAGGCUCCCCGUCUCGCAGCAAAGCAACAUGCCGGUGAUGAUCAGCCUUCCAGGACACGGGGGCGUACCGCCGUCCCCUGACAAAGCAAGAGGGAUGCCCCUGAUGGUGAACCCUCAGCUUGCAGGAGCUGCGCGAAGAAUGUCCCACCCUGACGUCGGGCAGGGUCCUCAAGGCACUGGAUCUGAAGAAACCAUUGUGGGGGCUCACCCAAAGCAGCCCGGCGGCCCAGACGUUGGGGCGCAGCAUCCUGGGAAUGGGACCCAACAAAUGAUGGCCAAUCAGGCCUCCAACGCUCACAUGAUGAAGCAAGGCCCUGGUCCGCCGCCAAUGCCCCAGCACACCGGAGCCGGUCCCCAGCAGCAGCAGUUAUCUGGUCAGCCUCAGCAAGGGGGCCCCAUGCCGGGCCUUCAUUACCCCAAUGUGCCCACAACCUCACAGAGCUCCAGGCCCAAAACCCCCAACAGAGCCAGCCCCAGGCCAUACCACCAUCCCCUUACCCCGACUAAUCGCCCACCCAGUACCGAACCCUCCGAAAUCAACCUUUCACCCGAGAGGCUCAAUGCCUCUAUUGCAGGACUGUUCCCUCCCAAAAUCAACAUUCCUCUGCCUCCCAGGCAGCCUAACCUCAAUAGGGGAUUUGAUCAGCAAGGUCUUAACCCGACCACUCUGAAAGCCAUCGGGCAGGCCCCUCCUAGCUUAACUUUACCAGGCAACAACGGCAGUGUGGGUGGAAACAACAGCCAGCAGCCUUUCUCUACUGGCGCUGGAGUAGGAGGUGCAGGCGCUAAACAGGACAAGCAGCCUGGAGGGCAGGCGAAGAGGGCAAGUCCCAGCAAUAGCCGGAGGUCAAGUCCAGCCUCCAGCCGUAAGUCGGCCACCCCAAGUCCAGGGAGACAAAAGGGGACAAAGAUGCCCAUCAACUGCCCUCCCCCCCAGCAGCAGUUGGUCAACCCUCAGGGGCAGACCAUGAUGCUAAGCCCUAACUCGGUGCCCCCAAAUCCAGUAUCUCUGCCGUCACAGGUGAGCGGGGCCGUGGAGGCCCAGCAGACCCACAGUCCCUUCCACGUGAUGCAAGGUAACGCCGCUGAGGGGGCCGGUAAGGGAAUGACGAUACCGGUGCCAGAGCAGCGUCAGAUGCCUCAACACCAGCCACAGCCACAGCCUUUGAGGGAGUUGUCGGCUCCCAGGAUGGCAGGUCCUCGUUUCCCGUUGCCUCAGCAAACCAAACCGGACUUGGAACUGAAGGCUGGCGCGGUUGAUAGGCUCCCGGCACCAACGGCACCUGCGCAGGACUCCGGGGCCUCGCCCACUCUCCGGCCAGCGCCAACCUCCCUGAACCAGUUGCUGGAUAACUCGGGCAUUGCAAACAUGCCUCCACGGCCGGCGGCGAGUAGCACAGUCAGGGAUGUCAUGGGAAAGGAUAGCCCCAAGUCUGCUUUGGACCCAGAGAGACCGCUCCACGGUAACUCCCAGAGCACAGACGCGUCGGCCGCUGUCGCUACCGCUGUCGCUACCGCUGUCGCUACCGCUGUCGCUACCGCUGUCAAUGUAUCGGAAGCUAAACCCAAACCUGCUGUCCCAAUCCCUACCGUUUCCAGCUCGCACCCCAGCACUAACGUGACCUCUAUCACGACCCCCAGCCUUAGCCAGAACCCCAUCUCAAGUAUCGGUGUGCAUCCCAGUCCAAAUGUAAAACCAACGCCUACCAUCGGCCCCAUCCUCGGUACUAUUGCCACCACGAGUGGAAGCCCCAACCCGGUCACUUCCGGUCAAAGCGGUCCCGUCUUGACUGUCGGUACCAGUUCUAACUCCGGCUCGGCUCCGAAACCGAGCUCGAGUCUUAAACCUGUGACGAGCGUUCACUCGGUCAUACAGAUCCCUGCCCCUUCAAACGCAAUUUCACCCAAUCAGAUUACUGUGUUUGUCACCUCUAACCCCAUAACCCUUCCCCCUCCUCCCCAGGCGCCCACAUCUAUGGCCUCCACCAUGGUGGCUGUCCCCAACAAGAACAUUAGGCCUCAGGACAUCCGGCAGCAGGCCCCUGUCCCCCGCCCUCCUCAGUUUACCACCCCUGUAUUUAUCAACCCAAUUUUCCAGGUCCCAGGUGCAUCCGUGGCUCCCAAUACGACAAUGGUAUCGGGGUCGGUCACCAUGGUGGGGCCUAUCCAAGUGUCCGCUGCGAACAUCCAACUUUCCCCCGCCCCGAGCUCCACCCAGUCCUCUGGGGCGAACAUGACCAGCACUCAGCCGACCAGAAGUGCUGUUGGACACGUCCAGAUUGCCACCAGUGUGUCCUCAUCUGUCCCUGUUGGUACUACCACUGCCCCUCAGCAAAUUACGCCGGGGGCUCCCAAAACAGAAAAUCCAGUUGAGGUGGUGUCUGCUCAGAAACCUAGUCCCCCAGUGCGGCAGCCAUCUCCCCAUCCAAACCCUUCGGCAUCAUCUCCCUUCCAGGCACCCUUGGCUUCUCCUCCGCCUCCUCCUCCACCUCUAUGCUCUAGUCCUGUGGCUGCUAACGGCAUCCGAAAGAGCCCCAUGUCGCCACCCCCCACCGCCCAAGUGAAAGGUAAACCUGCACAGGCGGCUGCGGCCGUUUCUGGUCUGGCUGACUCCCAGCAGAGUCCUGUAGAAAGGCCUGCGCAGGGGCCCACCGGAGCUGGGCCACCACAGGUCUUUCAUCCGCCUGCGAGUCCCGCCAUCCAGAUUGAAGCACCAGCUCCCCAAACCAGUGCUGCUGCUGCUGUUUCGAACAACGUGACUCCGCCUGCUGUCUCCUCUCCAACCCCGGCUCCCGGCCAAGUGACUCCUCCAACUCAGAUUGUCACCCAGGAUCCAGCUUCAGUCUCAAACCAGGCCCAGACUGUAACUUCUCAAGCUCCCACGGUCACUGCGGUCGGUACCACCACUGGUGUCUCGUCUGCUCCUUUGCUCUCUACGGUUGCUUCCGUGCAGAGUCCCGUACCGUCCGUUGUUCCAAUUGUCGCUGGACCUGGACCCGCUCUGGAGGUUGCCCCCACCACAUCUCCUCCAGUUGCAAACCCCAGCGGUGUUCCACCGGCUCAGCCUAAGCUCCCAGCUGUGGAGCCCCCCACGCUACCAGCUGCUGCAUCUGUAGAAACCACUCAGACCACCCCAGUACCCAUUCAACAAGUCCCACCGUCCCAGGAACCUGCUGCCAGUGAGAAGACGGGUGAAGAGGUCUCCACGGGUUCUGAGCCGGGAUGGGCAAAGAAAAGAAAGACGCCCGUCAACUUAGUCCCACGCGCUGCGGUGGAGAAGCCCAAAGGCCCGAGCAGACGCAGCUCCCGGGCGGAGAAGGAGGUGGAGGAGGAGCCGGUAGCAGACAGCGGCGUCCGGAAGCGCUCGGCCCGGCCUGGAACCAGCGCUGCCGUUAAAGAAACUGGAGCGAGCCCCACUCAGGCCAAACGAAGGAAGUCUAAAUAGACACAACCUCAGUUGUGUCGAACCCUGUGAACCGUACUGUAAAUGUUUUUGUUCCCCCCCCCCGACUCCGUUUAGAGGUUUCAGUGGAGGAAGAAACCAAUGUACAGAUUGUGUUUUAAAAAGAAUUAUGCUCUUGUCCACGCUAUCAUGUGAGAUUGUAGUUAGAAUGUGUGCAAUACGGAUUGUGUUGUUUUUUUGUGUGAAUGUGUUUUUAUAUAUAUAUAUAUAUAUAUAUAUAUAUAUAUGUAUAUGUAUGUGUGUAUGUAUAUAUAUGUAUAUAUAUAUAUAUAUAUAUAUAUAUUAAAUUAAAUGCUGGAUUAAUCACGUGAAGACUGACGAUGGAGCUUGUCAUGAUUGUAUAAUUAUGUUGUAAAACUGAAUUAAAUUUUCUACUGCUUUUUGUCCCGUGAAA